GGGGCGGGGCGGGGCCCCAGCGGGGGCGGGGGCGGACUGGCGUUCGUCUUUGGAGGAAGUUUGUGAUUUGGAGCCGCUACUCGGACACUGACGCAUGGAGCGGUUGUGCAGCGGGCUGCCCGAGUCCCAGUUCGGGCCUGGGUCCCGCUUGUGGGAUCACAACGUUACUUUUCACACGAACAGUCCAGAUCUGUCACCAUGUUUCCAGAAUACCAUCCUGGUUUGGAUUCCAUGCAUUUUUCUCUGGCUGACCUUCCCGCUGUACUUCCUGUAUCUCCGACAGAGCAAAAGAGGUUACAUCAGAGUCACCGUACUCAACAGGGUCAAAACGGUUCUGGGGCUUCUGCUGUGGAUUGUCUGUUGGUUGGAUCUCUUCUACUCCAUCUAUGAGAUGGUGAACCAGAAAGGAUCAGCUCCAGUGUAUUUCAUCAGUCCUCUGUUACUGGGAGUCACAAUGUUACUUGCAACGUUUCUGAUCCAGUACGAGAGGCUGCGAGGAAUCCAGUCCUCCGGAGUUCUCCUCCUCUUCUGGCUCAUCACGUUGGUUUGUGCCAUAUUGCUGUUCCGCUCAAAGAUCCUGGCAGCACAGCGUGAGAAAGGUGUGUCUGAUGUCUUCCGAUUCACCACGUUCUGUAUUUAUUUUGGCCUUGUUCUGGUUCAGUUCUGUCUCUGCUGCCUCAGUGAGCCACUUCCAUACUUUUCCAGCGUGUCAUCAGAUGUGAAUCCAUGCCCGGGAAUAAACGCUGGCUUUCUCUCGAGGCUGACGUUCUGGUGGUUUACCCGAAUGGCAUUACAGGGUUACAAGCACCCUCUGGAGGACAAGGAUCUCUGGGCACUGAACAAUGAUGACCGGUCAGAUGUCAUUGUGCCAAAACUGCUCAAAGAAUGGGAGAAAGAGAAGCUGAAAGCACAAAGGAAGCAGGAGAUGGUCGUCAAGUGCUCUUCCACGAUGAACAAUCUGGAGGGCGAGCCCCACAAAGCUGAAGUUUUCUUUCCCAACAAGGCGCAGCAGAAGCAGCCCUCGUUCCUCACAGCCCUGUGCAAGACCUUUGCUCCGUACUUCCUCAUGGGAUCAGCACUGAAGCUGUGCCAGGACCUUCUGUCCUUUGUCAAUCCACAGCUUCUCAACAUGUUGAUCUCGUUCAUUAAUGACCCGAAGGCCAGGACUUGGUGGGGAUAUGGGAUCUCAAUUCUGAUGUUCAUCUCUGCGGCCCUGCAGACGCUCCUCCUCCACCAGCACUUCCACUAUUGCUUCGUGACCGGCAUGCGGCUACGGACAGCUAUCAUUGGAGCCAUAUACCGCAAGUCUUUGGUCAUCACAAAUUCAGCAAAACGAUCAUCCACUGUUGGGGAGAUUGUCAACCUGAUGUCUGUGGAUGCCCAGAGGUUCAUGGACCUCACUGCCUUCCUGAACAUGCUGUGGUCUGCACCUCUCCAGAUCUGCCUGGCUCUCUACUUCCUGUGGCAGUACUUGGGUCCUUCGGUUCUGGCUGGUGUUGCUGUGAUGGUUCUGCUGAUCCCUUUCAAUGCCUUGAUAGCUGUGAAGAGCAGGAGCUUCCAGGUUCAACAAAUGCAGUACAAAGACUCGCGGAUCAAGCUGAUGAAUGAGAUCUUGAAUGGUAUAAAGGUGCUGAAACUAUAUGCCUGGGAAGAGUCAUUUGAGAAGAAGAUCCUGAGUAUUCGAGAGCAGGAGCUGAGUAUCCUGAAGAAAGCAGCCUAUCUCAAUGCCCUCUCCACCUUUGCCUGGACAACUGCCCCUUUUCUUGUUGCCAUGACAACCUUUGCAGUGUAUGUGUACAUGGAUGAGAGUAACGUGUUGGAUGCACAGAAGGCUUUUGUCUCCCUCUCUCUCUUCAAUAUCCUGCGGUUUCCGCUGAACAUGCUGCCUCAGGUCAUCAGCAGUAUUGUUCAGGCCACCGUUUCACUCAAGCGGUUACAGAACUUCCUGAGCCACGAUGAGCUGGACCCCACAAGUGUUGAGCGACAGAAGACAGUGACGGGACACUCGAUCACAGUACUGAAUGGGAAGUUCAGCUGGGGGAAAGAAGACCCAGUUGUUCUGGACGGGAUCAAUCUGAUUGUUCCUCAAGGCUCCCUGGUGGCAGUAGUUGGCCAUGUUGGGUGUGGCAAGUCGUCGCUGAUUUCAGCCCUUCUGGGGGAGAUGGAGAAACAGGAGGGCAAAGUGGCAAUCCAGGGAUCAGUCGCCUAUGUACCUCAGCAAGCCUGGAUUCGGAAUGCUUCGCUAAAGGACAACAUUGUUUUUGGAGAACCUGUCAGUGAGCAGAAGUACAGUCAAGUUCUGGAGGCCUGUGCACUGAUUUCUGACCUGAAUGUACUGCCUGGUGGGGACCAGACUGAGAUCGGUGAAAAGGGAAUAAAUCUCUCAGGAGGCCAGAAGCAACGGGUGAGCCUGGCCCGAGCAGUCUACAGCGACAUGGACGUCUAUCUCCUGGAUGACCCCCUCUCAGCCGUCGAUGCCCAUGUGGCCAAACAUAUCUUCGACAAGGUCAUUGGCCCAGAAGGAACAUUGAAGGGGAAGACUCGGGUGCUGGUCACUCACGGGAUCAGUUUCCUGCCACAAGUGGAUCAGAUCAUGGUGCUGGUGAAUGGCAAGGUCUCCGAGAUGGGCUCGUACCAGGAGCUGCAGAACCAGAACGGAGCCUUUGCUGAGUUCCUGCGGAAUUAUGCUCAGCGAGACGAGGUGCAGGAGGAUGAGCCCACAGUGGCCGAUGAAGAUGAUUUUCUUGCUGAGGAUUCCCUCAGUAACCACAUCGACUUGAGCGACCACGAGCCGUCAGCUACUGAGGCACGCAAAACUUUCAUGAGACAAAUCAGUGUACUUUCUUCUGACGGAGAGGCAUCGACACGGAAAUCCACUCGGAAGCGACUGAGUCAAAAGAAAAAGCAGGUUGAGAGCCUCCCAGCCACAGCACCCAAACCAGAUACACUGAUCCAGGCUGAGACAGCGGAGACCGGCAGGGUGAAGCUGGUAGUGUUCUGGCAGUACCUGAAGGCUGUUGGCCCCUGCAUCUCCGUGCUGAUCUGUCUGCUCUACUGCUGCCAGAGCGCUGCAUCAAUCGGGGCCAACUUCUGGCUCAGUGAGUGGACCAACGACUCUGGCAACAAGACAACUCACAAUUCGACCAGCCUGCGGGUAGGGAUCUACGCCGCACUCGGCCUGACGCAGGGGAUUCUAAUAAUGAUCUCCUCCUUCACACUGAUGGUUGGAGGCCUGGGGGCUGCUCGGCAGCUCCACUCACGGCUCCUGGACAACAAGUUGCACACACCACAGGCAUUCUUUGACACCACACCCAUCGGGCGCAUCAUCAAUCGCUUCGGCAAGGACAUUAACGUGAUUGAUGAAGUGAUUCCAUUGACAUUCCAGAUGUUCCUCGCAACGCUUUUCAUCUCCCUGUCCACCAUGAUAGUAAUAAUGGUCAGCACGCCGUGGUUCACAUUAGUCAUUGUUCCACUGGCCCUGGUGUACAUACUCGUGCAGGUACUUCACAGACGCACUCCGGUGCAACAGGCAACGGCAGACACUGCGGGCGGGGCACUUCACCAGAUGCCCCUCACUGUCACAGCAUCCUAG